AUGGCGGAGGAGCAAUUCUUCACCAGUGCCAUUUCCUUGGCGCUUCCGUGGCUCCAGAAGCUCGCACUGAAUAUAACGUUCCCUCCACAGAAAACAUCCAAGUCCAGCAUUGAUGCCAUUCACAUCGAUGGUUUUUCGCUGGGGGGCGCCUCCUUCACGAUGACGAGUCCCAAUCAACUCAAUUUAUUGCUGCAGAACUUGAGCAUUACCGUCCGUGAAACCCCGUUUUCCGUCAAUACUUUGUUGUCUGAGUGUGAGGGCAUGAUAUGGGCUUUUGUUGAUGCAACUAACGCGACGCUUUCAGUGAAUGUCUCCCGCCUGUCGAACGGCACACUUCGAUUGAAGACCGCGGCAAUCACUAUUGAAUGGAGUACGGUGGAGGUCGGACACAUUUUUUUCAGCCCUCUAUGCAAGUUGCUCGGAGAAGGUACGUUCGUGACGAGCAUCAUUAGCAAGAAGGUUAAAAAGGCGUUGAAUGAGAUGCCCUACAAGAUGGGGACUCUCAUCGAAGAGAAGGCGAAUGAUUUCUUCGACUCUUUUUUUGUCACUCUUGUGGAGGAUCCGGACAUUACGGAGGACAGGGCAAUACUUGCCAUGAAUACCAUUUAUAAUUCAAAGGUCCAGAAGGUGCCCUCAUCGGUGGUGGAUCCGAUUUUUUAUCCGUCUUCGACGCCAGUGGUGCCGCAGCGAAAUCUGGCAGCUGUCUUCACUGGACUCGCCUUAAACGACCUUCUCAUUUGGCUUAGCCGGGGAGGCUGGUUGAAUCGAAGCAUACAACUUCCGUCUGAGUACAAUUCAUCCCUUGUUGAGCAAGUGUAUCCAGAUGUGUAUAAAUUGUGUUCCGAUUGCCCCUUUGUCUUUUCAAUCCACCCAACGGUGCCUCCAUCUGUUUUUCUACAGUCUGGCCAAACUGUCAUUCUCCAAGUGCUGAAUGGCUUUUUGGGGUUAGCGAUGACCUCUCCAUCAGGAGAUUCCAUUGCUGUGCUGGAUACGUUGGUGAACCUCACGGGUGGCGUGACGGGUGUCGGCAUCACCUCGGAAGCGUAUCUUCAUCUGAGCCUCACGGAGGUGGACCUGGCAAUUGAGGUGGUGCAGACACGUAUUGCCCCUCUCGAUGCCACUGUCUUGAGUCAGGCCCUUCGUCGGAUGCUCAACGAAUUCCUGAUACCCAUGCUUAACGCUAAGUUUCGCAGGAUUUCGUUGCCAUCAUAUAUCAUGAGGCCAGUGGCCAACAUAUCAACUGAAUUUAUCACGGUUGGGUUUGACGUUGGGCAGUAA